CUGCCGCCGACGCUGCAGACCGCGGACGCGAGCGGCACCACGCCCGGCGGCAGCCUGCGGGGCACCAUCAACGCCAUCGAGCGCGAGCUGAUCCAGGACGCCCUCAAGUGGGCCAAGGGGAACCUGGCGCGCGCCGCGCGUUCGCUGCAGAUCAGCGAACGCAUCAUGGGGCUGCGGGUGCACAAGUACGGUAUCGAUUCCACCACCUACAAAAGCUGA